AUGUCGCAUUCGCAUUCACAUGCUCCUGGCGAAUCUCACUCUCAUGGACCACCCCAGCCUCAACCUCUACCUACGGCGGAUCCAGCUCUCCUGGCAGUCAUAGAAGCAGACUUUCGACCAAUCUCAGUAAUCGUUGCGGCAGAUAAUACAACUCUCCUUUGCGAGCCACACAAACAGGAAAAAUGCUCUACAUGCAAUUUGGACUAUGUACAUUUGAAUCGGCUUUCGAAAAUACUCGCCCAGAAUCCAAAUCUGAAAGCGCCGCCACCUGGCAAUGUUAUUUCUAAAAACCUCUCUCAGGCAGUAAAUAACACAAAGGAGGAGGGAAACGCUUUCUAUAAAAUGCAUAAACAUAAAGAAGCUCUCGGUCGUUAUACCAUGGCCGCUUCGAUAGCAGUGCAAAGACCUCCUUGGGAAUCCAAUCAACUAAUGCGGGAGGAACUAUCAACAGUUCUGUCGAACCGCUCCGCUUCUUACUUUGAAUCUGAAGACUAUAUUUCUGCUUUGGCAGACGCGGAAACUGUCAUUGCUAUCCGUCGGAAUUGGAGCAAGGGUCAUUUUAGAAAGGCCAGGUCCCUUGUUGGUUUAGGCAAGCUGGAUGAAGCAGUAGAAGCUUUGCAGGUCGGUCUGGCAUUCGAACCUAAUAAUGCUGAGCUUGGGGUCUAUUUGGAGGACAUACAAAAGAUGAUGAAGGAAGGACAACAGUUAUGA